UCAGCGUUUCGUCUCCGGCGCCGCCCUCGCUGCUGCCAUGGCGGCAGCUCUGCCACUCUCCAAGGCCGAGUAUCUGAAGCGUUACUUGUCCAGGGCAGAUCCCGGCGUCGGCAGGGGCUCCGAGUCCAUUCUCAAGCGUCGCAAAAAGCGGCCUAAGCCUGGCAGUGCCGGCGGCAAGGGAAUGCGCAUUGUGGAUGAUGAUGUGAGCUGGACAUCUAUCUCCACCAGUAAGCCAGAACAAGAGGAAGAGGAAGAUGAUGGAGAUUUGCCUGUGGUGGCUGAAUUUGUGGAUGAGAGACCAGAAGAGGUAAAGCAGAUGGAAACCUUUCGUUCCAGUGCCAAAUGGAAGCUUCUGGGAGACCACAGUGAGGAUCUACCUUCACACAGACAUCUCCGUCAUGACUACCCGGAUUCAUCUCCUCCUAGGAGGGUCCGUCAUGAUUGCCUGGAUUCAUCUCCUAGGAUGGUCCGUCACGACACCCCGGAUCCUUCUCCUCCUAGGAGGGUCCGUCAUGACACCCCGGAUCCUUCUCCUCCUAGGAGGGUCCGUCACGACACCCCGGAUCCUUCUUCUCCUAGGAGGGUCCGUCAUGACACACCGGAUCCUUCUCCUCCUAGGAGGGUCCGUCAUGACACACCGGAUCCUUCUCCUCCUAGGAGGCCCCAGCAAGAUUCACCGGAUCCCUCUCCUCUCAGGAAACAUUAUCGUCCUUCAGGUGUAUCUCCUAAGAGGGCCCAUCACAGUUCCUCAGAUAUCUGUCCCCAUAGAAGGGCCGGUAACAGCUCCCCUGACACUUCUCAAGCAAAAAGGACUCUUGAUUCCUUGGAUUCAUCGCAGAUCAAGAGGUCCUAUCAUGACUCCCCUGAUUUGUCACCUGGUGUUCCUUAUUCACUGCCUAGAACCAAAAGCAGUAAAGUCCCAGAAAAAUCCUCUAGCAAAAGUUCUUCACAUCGGAAGGGGCUAGGAUACUCUCAUCUCUCAGUCUCAAAGAAUAGCAAAUAUGAAUAUGAUUCGGACCUCUCUCCUCCACGAAAAAAGCAAGCAAAAUUCCAUUUUAGAAAUAAAGAGCAUGAUUCUAAAGGCUCUUCACCCAGUUAUAGAAAAAUUCAUUCAAGCUCUUCACCUAGAAGACAUCAGAGUCACACAUUGGACUCUUCUUCCUACCCAAGUGACAGUUGGAAAGCCUCUGAUUCAGAUCUUUCUCCUCCAUGGAAUAAACAAAGGUCAGGGCACCAGGAUUCUGAUUCAGAUCUGUCACUUCCACGGAAUAGAUCUAGACACCGGAGCUCUGAUUCUGACCUCUCUCCACCAAGGAGGAAACAGAGGGCCAAAUCUUCUGAUUCCGAUCUGUCUCCACCUCGAAGGACUCAGCCUUUGGGAACAAAGGCUGCACACAUGUAUUCUGGGGCUAAAACUGGGUUGGUGUUAACUGACGUACAGCGAGAACAGCAGGAACUCAAGAAACGGGACCAAGAAACCAUGGCAUUUGAAGGUGAAUUCCAAUAUGCUGAAACCAUAUUUCGAGAUAAGUCUGGUCGUAAGAGGAAUUUGAAACUGGAACGUUUACAGCAAAGGAGAAAAGCAGAGAAGGACUCAGAGAGAGAUGAGCUGUAUGCCCAGUGGGGAAAAGGGCUUGUCCAGAGCCGGCAGCAGCAACAAAAUGUGGAGGAUGCAAUAAAGGAAAUGCAAAAGCCUCUGGCCCGCUAUAUUGAUGAUGAAGAUCUGGAUCGGAUGCUGAGAGAACAAGAAAGAGAGGGGGAUCCUAUGGCCAACUUUAUCAAGAAGAAUAAGGCCAAGGAGAACAAGAAUAAGAAAGUGAGACCUCGUUAUAGUGGCCCAGCACCUCCUCCCAACAGAUUCAAUAUCUGGCCUGGGUAUCGCUGGGAUGGAGUGGACAGAUCCAAUGGAUUUGAACAGAAGCGCUUUGCCAGGCUUGCCAGCAAGAAGGCGGUGGAGGAACUUGCCUACAAGUGGAGUGUUGAGGACAUGUAACUUUUCUGGGGCUGUGGGGGUGUUUGGGUUGUGGUAGUAGACACAGGACAGCCAGAUAUCCAGCUGUAACAGUUGUCUAUGCUAAUAAUCAGGCCCACACAGACCAGCAACUCUUUGAAUGCUAGUUUUGACCACUAGCAUUUGAGAGGAAGAAUAUUUGAGACCUCAUGUUUGGACUGAGGCAUCUGUAAUGUCUCAAGUGUGCCGACACUGGCUGUUGUUGCUGGCUUUCAGAAGAAACAUUGAUUUCUCAGUGUCCCAGGGUUUGUUCUUGGUUGGGUUUUUUAAUAAACAUACAUUUAUUUUUUUAAAA